CGCUCGUUUUAACCCGAAACACUCUCCGGCUGAUCAAGAAGCGCCUGCUACCGGCACGCAGUUCAAAAACGGGAAGCGGAGUGAUACAAUACACACGAUGGUUGUCCCUAGUUGUCAAACCAAGAGAGGACAGGCUACCUGAGCGAACAAGUCGCGUAGGUUGGGAAUGAAUGGAGAAAUUGGAGCAAAUAACUGUCAUUUGAUGUGCUGAAAUGACAGGUUUCAAUGCGGGAUCUAUAUAAUUUAGUUGAUUACUGCUGUUCCAUUGCAACAGCUGCUGAUGUUUUUUUCCGCUUGAUCUCUUGGACGAUAAAAAGAUGAUCAUUGUAGUACUCCGUUACAGUGUCUAAGUUGUCAGUGAGCUGUCGGGGUGUGGCGGCAUGCGAUCCCCCUGAGCAAGACAGUGCCCUCCAGAGGUGACAGCAGGGAGGACAGGCAGCAGGAUGCCAGUGCAGGCGGCUCAGUGGACAGAGUUCCUCUCCUGCCCCAUCUGCUACAACGAGUUUGACAGCAGCGGCCACAAGCCCAUCAGUCUGGGCUGCUCGCACACCGUGUGUAAGACCUGUCUGCACAAGCUGCACCGCAAGGCCUGUCCCUUCGACCAGACAGCCAUCAACACCGACAUCGACCUCCUGCCAGUCAACAGUGCCCUGCUACAGCUGGUGGGAGCUCAGGUUGUGGAGUCCCAGGCUGUAACUCUGAACAGUGCUGUGGAGGUAGGGCACUAUGAGGUGUGCAGGGUGUGUGUGGAGGAGCUGGCUCUCUAUCUCAAACCCAUCAGUGGAGGAAAAGGUGUGGUGACCCUCAGUCCGAGCGUGCUCAGUCGGCCCAUGCAGAGGAAGCUGGUGACACUCGUCAACUGUCAGCUGGUGGAGGAGGAGGGGCGGUUGCGGGCGGUGCGGGCUGGCAGGUCGCUAGGGGAACGUACCGUCACAGAGCUCAUCCUGCAGCACCAGAACCCACAGCAGCUCUCUGCUAACCUGUGGGCUGCCGUCAGAGCACGGGGAUGCCAGUUCCUGGGGCCUGCCACGCAGGAGGAUGCUCUGAAGCUGGUGCUGUUGGCGCUAGAGGACGGCUCAGCUCUGUCCAGGAAAGUUCUGGUCCUUUUUGUGGUUCAGAAGCUGGAGGCUCGGUUCCCUCAGGCCUCCAAGACCUCCAUAGGACAUGUGGUCCAGCUACUCUACAGGGCCUCCUGCUUUAAGGUGACCAAGCGUGACGAGGACUCGUCGCUGAUGCAGCUAAAGGAGGAGUUCCGUGCGUACGAGGCGCUGCGUCGCGAGCACGACGCCCAGAUCGUACACAUCGCCAUGGAGGCGGGGCUCCGUAUCUCCCCUGAACAGUGGUCCUCUCUGCUCUAUGGAGACCUCAUCCACAAGUCACACAUGCAGUCUAUCAUCGAUAAGCUCCAGUCCCCAGAGUCCUUUGCAAAGAGUGUCCAGGAGCUGACGAUAGUUCUACAGAGAACAGGAGACCCAGCCAAUCUGAACAGCCUCAGACCACACCUGGAACUACUGGCCAACAUCGACCACAACCCAGAUGCAGCGGCGCCUCCGUGGUGGGAGGAGCUGGAGAGUGUGAUGCUGGCGGUGAAGGUGGUGGUUCAUGAUCUGGUGGAGUUUAUACACAACUUCAGUAAGAAGAGCCAUGAGACAGCACAGCCGCAGCCCAACAGCAAAUAUAAGACCAGUAUCUGUCGAGACCUCCGGCAGCAGGGCGGCUGUCCCCGAGGAUCCAACUGCACCUUCGCACACACACAGGACGAGCUAGAGAAGAACAGAAUGAGAAACAAGAAGAUCAGUGGCGUGGGCCGGCCCUUCCUCCUGGCCCAGGGGAGUAUGGGUAGUGGCCUGAGUAUGGAGGGGGGCGACUCAGGAGAGGAAGCCUGCACUGGGGGUCUGAAGGGCUCAGACAAGGGGGGGUCAGGGUCCCUAAAGGAGGGGGCCACACCCUCCCAGCUCAUCCCCAGGGGAGGGGAUAUGAUGGAGGAGAUGAAGAGGGAGAGGUCUGUACUUAACGGAUCCACAGGCUCCAGCCGCUCCUCAUCUGGCUCUAUGGAACAGAAGUCUAUUUCUCCUCCAAAGACACCGGUCAAUUCCUCCUCAGCUCCUUCUCCCUACGGCCCAGGGUCAAGACUAGAGUGUGACUCUGCACACCCCAAACACUACCUAAUGAUAAGACCCCAUCCUCAGCCCCCUCCCCACCAUCCUCAGCCCCCUCCUCACCAUCCUCAGCCCCCUCCCCACCAUCCUCAGCCCCCUCCCCACCAUCCUCAGCCCCCUCCCCACCAUCCUCAGCCCCCUCCCCACCAUCCUCAGCCCCCUCCCCACCAUCCUCAGCCCCCUCCCCACCAUCCUCAGCCCCCUCCCCACCAUCCUCAGCCCCCUCCCCACCAACCUCAGCCCCCUCCCCACCAACCUCAGCCCCCUCCCCACCAUCCUCAGCCCCCUCCCCACCAUCCUCAGCCCCCUCCCCACCAACCUCAGUCCUCUGAACUGUGUUACCAGGACUCGCAAUCUCCCUACGACGUGCAGCCUUACCAGCCAGCCAGUAACUACUACCCCUCUGCGAUACAUCACCACAAACCCUGCGUGGCUCGCUUCCUCCGUUCCAGCCACGUCCCAGAGUCCUCUCUGCCUCCCUCCAUGGCCCCUCUGUACUCAGAGCAGUACCCCUCCUUGCCCCCACCACGGGAGCACGCUGGUCCCUCUCCCUACGGUCCCCCACCAGUCCCCCAGUAUGGGCCCCUGGCCCCAGCCCACGGUGGCUACGCUCCCCUGUAUGACAGCCGGCAUAUGUGGAGGCCCCAGCUGUACCACCGAGAGGACGCCAGGAGUAACUCGCUGCCUCCCGAGGUGCUGCACUCCUCUGUGUACCAGCCCCCCCUCCGAGAGAGAUAUGCCUCCCUGGACAGCCCCUACUGCUCAGCGGGGGAGCACAGAGCAGCGCUGCACAGGGACUCUUAUGGGCGUUUUCCUCUUGGAUGCGAGAAUCUGUUCAGGCGGAAACAGGAGCAGUGGGCACACCAUCACCACGGCAACGUGACCAGGCCCUCCCAGUCCUCCCCCGUCUUCACCGUAGACUUUGGUGCAGAGCAUGAUGACGGUGGUGGUGGUCAGUGUAUGAACUGUAAGUUCCGUGGAGAGGAGAAUCUGUCCCACUACUCUCCCUGGUCCUGUGGAACCAUCAGUACCUGCAUCAGCCCCUUUGAACCAGAGCAUCACAAGACCUCAGCUCACUCCCGCUCCGAAAACUUAGAAGUAGACAAUGGUGAAAGGACACGGUGGCUACACACGUUUGAGCCCCACCGCCGUCUGAAAGACGAGGACCCCAGCAUACCGUUUGAGCCCUACCGCCAUCUGAAAGAUGAGGACCGCAGCAUACCGUUUGAGCCCUACCGCUGUCUGAAAGACGAGGACCCCAGCAUACCGUUAGAGCCCUACCGCCAUCUGAAAGAUGAGGACCGCAGCAUACCGUUUGAGCCCUACCGCCGUCUGAAAGAUGAGGACCGCAGCAUACCGUUUGAGCCCUACCGCCGUCUGAAAGAUGAGGACCCCAGCAUACCGUUUGAGCCCUACCGCCGUCUGAAAGAUGAGGACCCCAGCAUACCGUUUGAGCCCUACCGCCAUCUGAAAGAUGAGGACCGCAGCAUACCAUUUGAGCCCUACCGCCGUCUGAAAGACGAGGACCCCAGCAUACCAUUUGGAGAGGGGCCCAUCAUACCGUUUGGAGAAGGGCCUAUCAUCUCCAAAUGGGGGGCGAUAUCCCGCGCCUCCCGUACAGGGUACCACACCACCGACCCGGUCCAGGCCACAGCCUGCCAGGGAAGCAACAGCAUCCCCAUCAACUUCAGAGAUUAUGGUCCACACAUCGGCCAUGAGGACUACAGGUGGAGCUCCCGGGGGUCUGACUCUUCCAGCCACUCCAGUUUCCUAGAGGGUGAACAGCUAGCCGCACGUCGGCGGUCCGUCAGCAGUGGAGAGAAGGCUGGUGCAGGAGACAUGCUGCAGACUGACUACUGUAAAGACACGACAGAGCGUGAACUGAACAGAGACGUAGAACUGGAGCUGUCUGUACUAGAUGUAGAGGACACUGACCUGCAGGACAUCAGUCAACAGUCUGAGAAGCCCCUGGAGCUGAGAGAGGCCCACCUCCUCACCCCUCCCAGCAGUGAACCCCAGAGGACACUGACAGACAAGCUGUCAGCAGACAAGAUGGAAGCUCACCUGCUGAAGAAGAUGGCCUUCAGGAGGUCUCUCUCCCCUGGAGGUCUGGGCUCAGGAGGUCUCAGCGUGGGGAAGCUGAGGAUGAGGACCGGCCCUCUGAGACUGGGGGACAUGGGCCCUUGCCCUAACACAGGCCCUGAGAUGCUGCUCAACGGGAACUGAGAGGGCAAACACCCCCCACCGCCACGCCUGGGGGUCCCGAAGGUGGUCCCAGCCGGUGGUCCCGGCCAGUGGUCCCGAGCGGUGGUCCCGGCCCAGCGCUACACAGCUCCUACACCUGCUGUCACAGUAACAUCUUAGGGUUGUAUAGGCCUGUAUCAUCAGACAGCGAUCAGGUCUCACCCCACUAAUAUCACCAGUCUGAGGGCAUAUUAUAUACAGUAUAAAACUUUAGACCACAGGUAGUGUUGUUUCAAACAUGACAAAGAGAGAUGUAUAGUUCAGACACACACACACACACACACACACACACACACACACACACACACACACACACACACACACACACACACACACACACACACACACACACACACACACCAGUAGCCUCCGUCGCAUUUCCUCUUUUCUCAUCUCGGCAGGGACUUUUUUUGAUCAGGUGUUUGUUUGUGUGUGCUGCUCGCUCUCCACUUCCUAUAGUGAUGAUGAUGGUGAUGAUGGUGUUUAUCAUGCUUCACAUGGCAUCCAAUAGUUUUCUUUUUGUUAGUUCUACAAUGUUUCCAAGGUAACAAAGGUGUUCAGCACUGUUGUGUGUGUAUGCGAUCAGCAUCUGUUGACAUUGAGCUGAUGACAAUAACAGCACAUUACUAUGCAUUUGUAGUCAUAGGAAGGAUAUUUGCCUCUCGAAAAAUUCCAAGUCUUUACUUUGAAAAAAAGAGCACUUAAUUGAACAGGGUUUGUAGGUCUUAAAAGAGGAAGAUUAACAGGAAGAGAUGAAGGAUACCAACAUUAGAUGUUGCUCUAGUCCAACUCCCAUCUACUUUAGACAUUGUAGUAGCCUAUCAGAGGUUCCUAAGGCUUGGCCGUGUUAUCCUCUGUGACAUGUCAUUUGUUGGUCUCAAGCAUUUCAUAGAUGAGAUUCAAGACGAUGACGAUCAAUCAGAUGUCACCGCACUCACAUGUAUGCACAAUUGUGGCCUUUUUUUAUGUUCGUAAAAUAUCACCUCAUAUUUAGUCUUAACCAUGGGCUUAAUACAUUAAAAACACCAAAUAGAACAACAUGUUUCAACAAUCCUUGAUAUAUUCAACAGAUUUCAGUAUUCAGUGGUUCUGGCACCAUCAUUUAUUGCUAUCCUCUGUGCAACUGCAGCCAGGGAUUGAAUUGUAGUGUUCUGCUGUAAUGAAAUGAUACGUUAUACUUACACUGAAAUCACAUGACAUAUACUCACAAUGUAAACUGGUUGUUGCAGCUCUUUUUGGUUCUGUGCAUCAAACUCAUAAUCUGUGUUUACUAUGACAGAUUGUCAACAAAACACCAGGUGAUUAUUGUGUUCCUUCAUGCUGUCUUUGUUUAGUUCUGUCCCUGUUCAAACUUUUCACUAAUGUUUUGUUAUUUUCUUUGAAGCAUUGCUAACUUCCGUGAAGUUGUUUGUCAAAAUAUUUUGUAUCGGGAUCUCUGUUUUGUUUGGUUGUUGGUCGUAAUGUUUGGGUUGAAAUGAAUCCGAUCUGUCAGUCUGUCUCUAUAUUCAUGUUUCCAGCAGUCUUUUCACUGCUGGUUAACGGUCUAACGAAUACAGUCCAUCAUCAUUAUGUGAUCGCUACCGAGGGUCAUGCAUUGGCCUAAAAGGGUCAGUGUUAUUUUACUGCAGUUUUGUGCACUGAACGUUCUGUUUGCUGUCUUCUCCUGCCUGUGGGGGUGAAGAGAUUCGGGUGACGCUAUGUGUUAACUUGCAGCACUUAGAAAAAGUAUCCUAUUUAUAAUAGGGUUUAUUUUGUUACGUCUGAAAGGAAGCAGACAGGCUAAGUGAGACACAACUUGACCAGUGAUUGAUAAUCCUUAAGGACUGCCCCAUACAUAUUGAAAGACACAGUAUAUCCAUUCUCUAAGCAUUACUGACAGGCUACUGUAUUUCUGUUGCUCUUCUCUUCCUGUUUCAGACAUUGACUUAAGAAAUUGUCUUAGUGUCAUAUUGUGUACAAUCAAUUAGCGGAGUCCAUUGUUGUCUAAUGGUGGACAGGGCCCUUUAGGGGAUAGGGGCCUUUGGGUAUAAGAUGUGGGAGGGACCAGGGAGUCUAUUAAGGUUUAGAACCUGGUCAAGUUCAAGGGUAGUGUUGUGAUUCUAGACCUAUCUGGCUCCUGUAGUUUAGGUUUGUUCCAGCAGGGAGUGCUAGAGCCUAGUCUCUGCAGCCCUUAGUGAUGGAGGAGUUAUGUUGCUAGGCUACUGAUAAAGGGUUUAUUCAUUACGCCGAUUCUGUUGCAGGAAGCAAACGGAAUGAAACGAGGAGGGACAUACCUAAAUUUGUCCAAUAGAAACUCAGAUUUUAGUUGCAAAACGUAAUGUUUUGCAACUGUUUGGCUAAUGAUUACACCCCUGAACGCAUCUUCAGCACUGAAUAUUAUCGGUCAUGAGCGCAAAUAUUUACAUUAAUGAAUAUAGUUUAAUGUAACUUUUCACCACAUAAAUGUGUUUAAGGAGGGAUUUAUAAUUAUGUUUAUGUUUGGAUUCAAUAUCAAUAGUAUUACCCAGUUGGGAAGGGAAUGGGCACAUUAAGAACAGUAUUGGGAGUUAUGUAGGUAGAACGAGUUCCAGAGUGUUCCAGUGCCUGUCUAAUGACGCACUGGUGUAAUGAUCUGAUCGCACUGCACUUCCCACGUCAUCAAUGCAAGAUGUUCUUACUACCCACUAUCCAGCCAGUGCCCCCAGGUCAUGCAUGCUAGUCCCUCUUGUUGUCAUGGCGAAGGAGGAAGUACAUGAUUCUGUAGUUGUGAUACAACACACCCAGCGAUGUAAGUGUUCUGCACAUGCCCACUGUGUGGCCACGCCAAGUAUUGUAGCCUGCCUGCAGCAUUUUACUGUUUACUGCUUCUGAAAUGCUUUAUUAUUGAUAACGAUCAAUGUAUUAUUAUUAUUAUUAUUAUUACUUACUACCAUCAUUGGUUGAGUUGUAGUACUUCGCUCUGGAUAAGUCAAGUCUGCUUCUUCAGUUGAAUUUUGAAAAUUUGCUGAAUAGUCAAAGUUAGCCGAGGAUGGUCUUGUAAGGUGAAAACAUUUGCCUGUUUGUCAAUUGUACAACUAUGACGGAACUUAUGUUUGAAUAUUUAUGUCUGUAUUAGACAUUUUCUUAGCAAAUCUAUUGUUCGAUUGAAAUGUAAAUGAAAUACAAGAUGGUGCACAUAUCCAUCAUUAUUGUACACGGCUGGCACCAUCGUUAGAUGGACUAACUGCUCGUUUAUACAACAACAUGGAAUCAGAUAUUUAAAUAAAUACUGAUAUAGAGGGACAAAUAAAGGUUUCACAAUGAUGAAACUGAGACAGCAUAAAAAUAUGUCUAAAUGAAUAAUAUGUAUUCCAUUUAUUUCAUUUGAAAUAUCACUUUGUGAAAGGUUUCCCUGCAUUGCAAGGCAGGGUUUGGUUUGGUGUACGUACAGAAUGUGUUCAUCCUGAACCAUGUUCUUAGUUUGAAGUAUUGAUUGUGUUCAGAUGUGACCAGCCAACUGCCUGACCUGUUGGUUGUCUUUGUGUGCUAUUUGCUCCUGCACUGACAGCUUGGCCAAGCAGAAUACUCUGAUACUAUUUUGAUGGACCAGGCAGACCUGAAACUUUGCAUGCUACAAUAAAUGAAAAACAAACACAAAAUA